GGGAAAGGAUUUGAAGCGAACCACGUCUUCUUUACACGCCUCUCACUCAAACCCUCGAGAGUCGAGACUCCUAUAACACUUUCCCCUUUCCAAUCUAGGGUUUUAGCCCUUCCUUCAAAUCAUUUCUUGCCGUUUCUUCUCUUAAAGAAACCCUCAAUGAGCAACGAAGGGAUGAACUUCAACAUGCCCGAUCUCGGCGAUGCUCUUAACGAGGAAGCUCGAGCUGGUCUCGUUAAUGCUCUCAAGAAUAAGCUUCAGAAUCUUGCUGGGGAACACACCGAUAUGCUGGCGAGCUUGUCGCCGAUUGUCAGGAAGCGUGUGGAGGUUCUAAGAGAGAUCCAGGGCCAACAUGAUGAAAUAGAGGCUAAGUUUUUUGAGGAGAGGGCAGCACUUGAAGCUAAAUAUCAGAAACUAUAUCAACCCUUAUAUGCCAAGCGUUACGAUAUUGUGAAUGGUGUUGGUGAAACUGAAGGAACUCCAAAUGAAGCAGCUAUGGAUGAAGGAGAGGAUAAAGCUGUUGAAGAGAAAGGAGUUCCUGAUUUUUGGCUCACUGCAAUGAAAAAUAAUGAAGUGCUUUCUGAUGAGAUUACUGAGCGUGAUGAAGGAGCUCUCAAAUAUCUCAAGGAUAUUAAGUGGUUUAGGAUAGAGGAACCCAAAGGAUUCAAGCUUGAGUUUUACUUUGACACCAAUCCUUAUUUCAAGAAUACUGUGUUGACAAAGACAUAUCACAUGAUUGAUGAAGAUGAACCUAUUCUCGAGAAAGCUAUCGGAACGGAGAUUGAAUGGUAUCCAGGAAAAUGCCUAACACAAAAGCUCCUUAAAAAGAAGCCUAAGAAGGGAUCAAAGAAUGCCAAGCCAAUCACAAAAACAGAAGAUUGUGAUAGUUUCUUCAACUUCUUCAAUCCUCCUCAAGUUCCUGAUGAUGAUGAAGACAUUGAUGAAGAUACUGCUGAGGAGCUACAAAAUCAAAUGGAACAGGAUUAUGACAUAGGGUCAACAAUUCGAGACAAGAUUAUUCCACAUGCUGUGUCAUGGUUUACAGGAGAAGCUUUUCAGGGAGAUGAGCUUGAGAUAGAAGACGAAGAUGAUGAUGGUGAUGAGGAUGAGGAUGAGGAUGAUGAGGAGGAAGAGGAUGAUGAUGAUGAGGAGGAUGAUGAGGAAGAAACUAAGACCAAAAAGAAGUCCUCCUCUGCACAAAAGAAGAGUGGAAGAGCAAAAGGGGAUGCGCAGCAAGGUGAGAGGCCUUCAGAAUGCAAGCAGCAGUAGAUUCUAAUUGCGGAUGUGGCAGAUGUGUGGAAAUGUCAACAGGGUGCUUUAUAAGAUGUUGAUUGGAAAAGAAGGGUGAAGGGGUUUUGCAGUUUGGGUGGUUAUUAUUUAAACAUUUUUCUUGUUAUACCAUGAAUGAUUUGUUUGGAGAAUCCUUUUCCCUAUUUUGGUCCGGUCUGGUCUGGUCUGUUGGUUUGAUAGGAUAUGGUCUGGUUGCGAGAUGUGUUGAGAAUUUGUUUAUGUGAAUGUUUCCAGAAACUCAUAGGUAUAUGUCUGCAUUAGCGUUCUUGUUGUAUAGCUGAUUAUCAAUCAAUUUAUGGUCAGUCUGAUUAUAGUUA